AUGACUCUCCAUCCUGCAUUCUGGAAGGCCGUCAGCGCUUUUCUGCUGCUGUGUGUCCUAAUCCAGCAGUAUGCUCUGUCGGGCACUCGAACGCCCACAGUUCAACAAGCCAUCCAUCCGACGUCCCAUAUAGAAGCACCCCAAUUGACUGGUGUCAGCGCCGCACUGGAGCAGGAGCUCGAUCAAAAGAACCACUCACUGGCCAAGACUGUCACACACGCCGAUGCAUGGAGCUAUUCUUGGGUUAGAGACGCUGACAACCAUGGCCUUUCAGAGCGACAAUGCGAAUCUGCCUUUCCAAAUCUAUGGACCCAGAUCGAACGCUCGGAGGAAUAUUGGAAAGAGAAGAAGAUUGGUGUGCAGGACAUUGAGCUUUUCGCAGGCAACGAUGGAGGAGUGCGAGUGCUCCUGAGCAAUUCACAGCUUCGCGUUGUCAGAACGAAAGGGCUGCAUCGCGAUGAUUUUCGUCAUCGAAUUAUAGCAGUCUUGCAGCAGCUGCUGCGGGCGAUCACAGCUGCUGAAGCUAUUGAUGAACCUAUCCCUGAUAUCGAAUUCACUGUUGUGGUCGACGACCAAGCUGUCACACAUCCUGACAAGAACGGUGCGUACUUUGCGUUCGCAAGACAGUAUGGGAAUCACAGGCACGACUCAUUAUGGAUCACCCCGGAUUUCCACUUCUUCGGAGCACCUCCCGAAGCAGGCAGUUUUCGGGAAAUGCGAGAGAAGUUUCGAAAGCAUGAUUCACCUCUUGCGAAGAAGAUCCAAAAGGUGGUGUGGAGAGGGGCUACUUGGACCAAUCCGGAGAUCAGAGAAGCUCUAAUCAAUGAGACAAAGGGCCACGCGUGGGCUGACGUUGAAGCCAUGAACUGGGAGGACCCGUCGAGCAUUAUGCCUAUGGAAGCAUUUUGCAGAUACAAGUACGUCGUGAAUACCGAAGGUAGAGCCUGGUCAGCUCGAAUGACCCACCUUUUAAACUGCAAUUCAUUAUUGCUUGUGCACGACGUGGAAUGGAUUGCACAUUAUUACCAUCUUCUCGAUACAGAGACCAACUGCGUUCACGUCGCACGCAAUUUCUCGGACCUGGGAGAGAAGAUACGGUAUUACGACACGCACCCGGAGGAGGCUCAAAAGAUAGCAGAUAAUGCUAGAACGACGUUCCGAGAACGAUAUACGACCCCGGCCGCGGCAGCGUGUUAUUGGAGGAAGCUUCUGAGAGCCUACGCACGCGUCGCUUUCACGCCCGAAACAACGACUAUCAAGAAGAACAAGCAUAAGCUAGCGUCGAAGGAACAGCCAAGAGGCAUCUCGUUCGAAGAAUUCAUUGUACAUGAUAACACGCAGGAUUAUCCUUACGUACCCACGAAGAAGUCAGAGGAGAAGGCACAGAAGAAGGCUGGCGCGCGAUGGGUGACUUGAGGCAACGAAGGCCUAGCAAGAUGUCUUUUCAUCAUAAAUGACUGUCUGGCAUGCCUGCAUGUGGCUUUUUGCGCUGUUCUGAGGGCAACAGUUCGAGACAGGCAGGGACACAACGAGCUUCAGCCGAUCCAAGAUGUGACCUGGAAAUCUUGGGUGGGUAGUCGCACUCCAGAUUGUAAUUGUCGCCACUCCAGGCGAGCAAGGCUGGUUACAGAAGCUAUCAGUGAGCAAGGCAAGAGAUUGCGCGUGCAGCAAGAGUAGGCAUCGCCCAAUCGUGGUUGCGGAGGAGGAGUCUUGCCGAUGCACAGGUGAAUGUCUGGACACGGCUCGAGAGAGGAAUGGAUGCGAACGAUUCCACGUCUUUGCUAACGCUGUGGUACAGUGUCGACGCUGGGCGAUGGACUCGGAAGCUCUCUCACGAGGUAGCCUGCGUCAAUAGCGAAGUUAAAGUGGAUACGC